GCUGGGCUGGGAGGGUGGGUGAGUGGCUGGCGGUGGUGGUGGUGCUGGAGGUAGUUGCUCAGUAAGGUGUUGGUUACCGAAGUGAACAGGCCGCCGCCGCUGCACAUCUAGCCCAGUCAGUCAUGCGGCAGCUCCCCCACGACGCCCCCGGCCCCCAGCUGCCGCCCAGAAUGAACUUCAACAAGGCCCCAGCGCCGCCCCCCGCGGAGGAGAUCACCAAAGAGAUCCGGAAACUAAAUCUUGAUGACAAAUCCGCCAGCAGCACCGACCCCAAACAACAGCAACAGCAACAACAGCCAACGACGAUGCCUCUACCACAGGAGUUCGUCGUCAAAUACCUGGGCCACCGGGACGCUGGAGGUCUGUGGGGCAUCAAGCACACGAGGAAGCCGGUGGACGAGAUGGUGGGGCGCGCCAAGGAGAUGAAGGCCGGCGAGACGCUGCCCUUCCUCAAGAUGACCGUGAGCGAGAAGGGCGUGAACAUCGCCGAGAUGCCGCAGAACGUCAAUAAGAACUUCGAGGGCGGCUUCUACAACAUUGACGUCAUCAGCUACGGCGUGCAGGACCUGGUGUACACGCGAGUGUUCGCCAUGAUCGUGGUGAGGGAGGACGCGGCCAGCCUGAGGACGCAUCACCCCUUCCAGUGUCACGCCUUCGUCUGUGACUCCCGCCAGAACGCCCGCAAGCUCACCUUCGCCCUCGCCCAGGCCUUCCAGCAGUUCUCAAAAGAGGUGAAAAGCAACAAAGCCAACAAGAAACCCAAGAAGUUCGCCAUCGAUCUCCGCUCACCUGAGGAGAUUGAGGUCGACCUGAAGGAAGCUGACUCCGAAGCAUAAAAGGAAGGACAGGAUUCCUUAAACCUUUCGUCGAUCCUCCUAACAGACUGUAGUGGAAGUUACUUAGGUUUUCAAAGGGUGUGUGGAAGAUAUACCUAGGAUUUCUGUGUCAUCUAAGGGAGAAAACACUCAUGAGAACACGGCUACGAUGAAUCCACUCUUACUUUCAUGAUUCUACAGUGAAGGUUUUAACAAGGAUUCUGCGUCAUCAAUAAGGAGAAAACACUCAUGAGAACACGGCUAAUGAUUACUCCUGUGGCCUUUGAAAAUGGUUCUGGUGAGAGAGAGAGAGAGAGAGACAGAGAGACAGAGAGAGAGAGAAGGAAUAAAUGUGCAGGAAUACAGGCCAAAAGAGAGACGUGGAGCAGGAGAAAACGGUGGAGAGGAGAGAGCGAGAGAGAGAAAAAGAAAGACACAAAAAAAUAAUGGAAAAGAGACCGACAGACAGAGAUAAAAAGAUAAAAAAGGAAAUGGUGUUCAGUGGAUGGUAUACAAAAAGUGAUAAAGAAUAUAUAUAUAUAUAUAUAUAUAUAUAUAUAUAUAUAUAUAUAUAUAUAUAUAUAUAUAUAUAUAUAUAUAUAUAUAUAUAUAUAUAUAUAUACACACACGAGUAUAAAUAGCGAGUAUAGUAAUUAUUAAGUGUGAUAUCUAUGAAAAAAAGUAAGAAAUAAAUAUAUAAAUAAAUAAAAAUAUAUAUUAAAGCAAAGCUGAAUUUUGUGAAGAAACAUGACUUGCUGAAGAUCGACACACACACACACACACACACACACACACACACACACACACACACACACACACACACACACACACACACGAUAAGAUAAAGCAACGUGACAUGAACUAUAAAUCAAUAACAAAAAAAAAAAAAACACCUCGGCAGCCUUGAACGCAAAGCAAGAGACACGAUAUCAAACUUUCCACAUCCAACAGACAAACUAACGUAGCGAUAAGAAGAAAAGUUAUUAGUUUUGUCUGCGGAGGUGGUGUUGGUGGUGGUGGUGACGGAGGACACUACAUCCUAUAACACCCAACACCCUCCAUUCACAACCCCCGCCACAACCCUAGGACUGAUAAGUGACGCGGAGAAACAGGUACGAAGAGGAGGAGGAGGAGGAGGAGGAGGAGGAGGAGGAGGAGGAGGAGGAGGAAAAAACGCUGCAAUCCUCACUUCCUUCAACUGCAAACCAAUCAAAUCUUUCUCUUUACUGGGACGUCCAUUAAUCGCUCUCUCUCUCUCUCUCUCUCUCUCUCUCUCUCUCUCUCUCUCUCUCUCUCUCUCUCUCUAA